AUGUAGUCGACUUUUGAUUUGAAAUUUAAUCUAUUACAAUUUAAAGUAAUUUAUUAAUUAUCAAUUUAGGUUUUAUAAUGUAUUAUGAAUGUAUAAGUUAUGUUCGUUAAGUAAAUGUUAAAUGGCAUGCAAUUAAUGAUCAAAGAAUAUAAGUCAUUAAUAAUUUUAAUAGAAACGAUCCAAAAAAUGAAACAAUUAUUUAUAAUAAUCCAAAUGCUUUGACUGGAUUUCUAACUUUAACUAGCAUUUCUUUCGAAAUCUAAAUAAACUUUAAAAUUGAAGUAUUUUCUUAUAAAAUUAAUUAGAUAAUUAGGCAUAUUAAAUACCAAUAAUUUGAAGCAAAUAGGCUAUCAAAUCAUUUUAGGUAUACAUGA